CGAGUCGCAGGGCCAGGCGGUCGUGUGCGGGAGGGGGCUGUCUUCCGGUCCGGUCGCGCUGGUCGUUAGGUUUGUUGAAGGACAUCGGCUGCGGAGUCUGUGGUUUAGGCUAAGCUUGAAGUCAUGGCUGGUCCAGAAAAUGAUGCCCAAUUCCAGUUCACUGGUAUUAAAAAGUAUUUCAACUCUUACACUCUCACAGGUAGAAUGAAUUGUGUGCUGGCCACAUAUGGAGGCAUUGCUUUGUUGGUCUUAUACUUCAAGUUAAGGCCUAAAAAAACUCCAGCUGUGAAAGCAACAUAGAUGGAUUUUGAAAUGUCUGAUCUCAUCUGUUAAGUCCCAUGCCUGAAGAAGCUGAUGUCAACUCAUCAUGUAAUACUCAAUUUGUACAAUAAAUUAUGAACCUGGAAAA